UAAUCUCUUAUUAGUUAUCAUGGGCCCUAGCCUUGUACCAAGAAUUCUAUCAGAGAAAGAUCAUUAGAUCACGAGUGGAGAAUCGAGAGAAGGAAGUAAGGAACCCUAAAUCACAGAGAAAGAUCGCGAGUGGUGGCCGAUUGGUGCGUGGCCUUGCCGUCGGCCGAUUGGUGUGUGGCUUGUGAUUUCGACAGGAUGGAAAUUGACCAUGUGAUUACCCUAGAAGUUCAGUCUGUGGAUGUGGAGAAAGAGCAAGAGCAACAACAAGAGCAUGAGGAAGAGGAAGUGCAAAAUGAAAAUGAAGAGGAAGUUGAGGAGGGAGUUGAAGAGGGAGGAGAUAAUGAAAAUGAUGAAAGUCUAGAGAUUGAUAAGAAAAUAAAGAGAAGGAGAUCCGCAGUUUGGGAUGAGUUUGAUGACGUAAAAGGAACUAACAAAAAACAAUGCAGACAUUGUAAGGCACAACUUCAAAUGAGUGGUGGCACGACAUCUCAUUUCAGGAGACAUUUAAUGGGGUGUGCAAGAAGGAUGAUAAAUCAAAAGUCUCAAAAGAAUUUGGGCUUUCGCUCAGGUAAAAUCACUAGUGAGACAUCUCCUAUUGCUACUUUUAUAUAUGAUUAUAAGAAGGUCAGGGAUAGUAUUGCACAUUUUAUUCUCAUGCAUGAGCAUUCAUUUUCUAUAGUGGAGCAAGAGGGAUUCAAUCUUAUCAUGAAGAAUAGUUCUCGUGAGUAUAUACCAUAUACUCGUAUCACUACGCAAAAUGAUUGCAUGGAAGAGUAUGAUAAAGAAAAAAAGAAGUUGAAGUCAUUACUUAAAAAUGUUAGCAAAAUUAGUUUGACAACGGAUAUGUGGAAGUCUUGUCAACAAAUAGAAUAUAUGGUUGUUACUGGGCACUUUGUUGAUGCUAAUUGGAAAUUGCAGAAAAGAGUACUUAACUUUGUGAAUAUACCACCUCCACGAGGUGGUGUUGAUAUUGCUGAUGCUCUUUUCAAAUGCAUGACUGAGUGGGGAAUUGAAAACAAAGUUUAUUCUUUGUCUGUAGAUAAUGCUUCCUACAAUGAUGUGGCAAUUAGAACUUUAAAGAACACAUUUCUAAGAAACAAGAAAUUGAUACUUGAUGGAAAGUUGUUUCAUGUUCGUUGUUGUGCACACAUUCUGAAUCUUUUAGUUCAAGAUGGAAUUGCUGCCAUUGAUGAUGUAAUUGCUGCCAUUGAUGAUGUAAUUUACAAUGUGAGGGAGAGUGUCAAAUUUUUGAAAAAUUCUGAAGCACGGUUUUUGAAGUUCAGUGAAAUAGUUAAGCAGUUGCAACUAUCUGCUAGGAAGUUGAUUUUGGAUGUUCCAACACGUUGGAACUCUACUUUUGAGAUGUUGUCACUUGCUUUGAAGUUUAAGGAUGCAUUUGUAAAUUUUAAAGAGAGGGAACCUCUUUAUCAUUAUUUACCGACAGAGGAAGAAUGGGAGAGAGUAGAGAAUGUGUGUCAAAUCUUAUCUGUGUUCAGCACAAUCACUAAUCUCAUAUCGGGAAGUGACUAUCCAACUUCCAAUUUAUUUCUUUCAGAGAUGUAUCGAGUGAAAGAAGUUCUGAAAAAGAGAGCAAUGGAUAACAACCAAUACAUCAAAGCUAUGGUUGAAAAAAUGAAUGCAAAGUUUGAGAAGUAUUGGGGUGAGUGUAAUUUAUUGAUUUCGAUUGCUGCUGUCUUAGAUCCAAGAUGCAAAAUGAAGUUGAUUGAAUUUUGUUUUCCUUUGAUUUAUGAAAAGUCUGAAGUGAUAUACAAUAUCGAGAAGGUUCGUGGAGCUUUAUAUGAAAUGUAUGAGCAGUAUGCAUGUAAUUUUGCUUCAACGAAUGAGGAGAACAGUAGUCAGAGAUCUUCUAAAUCCCAGGGAGAGGAUGUUGGUUCUAGCUCUACAGUUGAUAUGAAUUCUGGAUGGUCCAAGUUUGAUGAGUUUAUAGACAUGACUGAAAAUGCUCCUCCUGCUAAAUCUGAUUUGGAUGUUUACCUAGGAGAAGUAGUUUAUAGAUGUUCUCAAGAAGAAAAAGGGAAAUGGAAUGCUUUAGGUUGGUGGAGGGUAAAUGGCCUAAAGUAUCGUAUUUUGUCAAAAAUGGCUUCAGAUGUUCUAGCUAUUCCCAUCACAACAGUAGCUUCUGAGGCUACAUUCAGUGCAGGUAGUAGAGUUAUUGACACAUAUCGUGCUAAUUUAGCACCAAAAACCAUUGAAGCUUUGAUGUGUGGAGGUGAUUGGGUACGAAAUCUUCAUGGGUUAAAGAAGAAAUCGCACAAGAAAGAAGAAAAGGAUGAAGAGUUUAUUCUCAAUGUUCCAUAAAAAUUAGAUUGUUAUGACCCUUUGGAUCCUAAUGAAAACAUCACUGUUACUUCAAAUCUGGGAAUGAACUUAGACUCAAUAAGGGAAUUCGCAAUAGUUUUGGAGUUUAAUUAGGAAUUUAAUGUAAUGUUGGCUGCUACUAUUUUAGAGUUUAAUUAUGGAUCAAUAUUGGUUGUUAUUGUAGUAAUUUGAUUUGUAUUAAUAUUGGAUUUCAUUUAA